GCGGCCCGGGGCGCGGAGCGGGUGCCCAGCGCGGGAGCGGCGAGCGCAGCCAUGCCCCAGGCCGCCUCCGGGGCAGCAGCAGCGGCGGCCGAGGCCGGGGCGCGGGCCGGGGGCGCCGGGGGGCCGGCGGCGGCCCGGGCGGGACGAUGAAGCGGCAGAAUGUGCGCACGUUGGCGCUCAUCGUGUGCACCUUCACCUACCUGCUGGUGGGCGCCGCCGUCUUCGACGCGCUCGAGUCGGAGCCCGAGAUGAUCGAGCGGCAGCGGCUGGAGCUGCGGCAGCAGGAGCUGCGGGCGCGCUACAACCUCAGCCAGGGCGGCUACGAGGAGCUGGAGCGCGUCGUGCUGCGCCUCAAGCCGCACAAGGCCGGCGUGCAGUGGCGCUUCGCCGGCUCCUUCUACUUCGCCAUCACCGUCAUCACCACCAUCGGCUAUGGCCACGCAGCGCCCAGCACGGAUGGCGGCAAGGUGUUCUGCAUGUUCUACGCGCUGCUGGGCAUCCCGCUCACGCUGGUCAUGUUCCAGAGCCUGGGCGAGCGCAUCAACACCUUCGUGAAGUUCCUGCUGCACCGCGCCAAGCGGGGCCUGGGCAUGCGGCGCGCCGACGUGUCCAUGGCCAACAUGGUGCUCAUCGGCUUCUUCUCGUGCAUCAGCACGCUGUGCAUCGGCGCGGCCGCCUUCUCCUACUACGAGCACUGGACCUUCUUCCAGGCCUACUACUACUGCUUCAUCACGCUCACCACCAUCGGCUUCGGCGACUACGUGGCGCUGCAGAAGGACCAGGCGCUGCAGACGCAGCCGCAGUACGUGGCCUUCAGCUUCGUCUACAUCCUCACGGGCCUCACGGUCAUCGGCGCCUUCCUCAACCUCGUGGUGCUGCGCUUCAUGACCAUGAACGCCGAGGACGAGAAGCGCGACGCCGAGCACCGCGCGCUGCUCACGCGCAACGGGCAGGCGGGCGGAAGCCUGGGCGGCGUGGGCGGCGGCGCGGGCGGCGGCGGGGGCGCGGGCGGCAGCGUGCACACCACGGACACCGCCUCCUCCACGGCGGCGGGGGCGGCGGGCGGCGGCGGCUUCCGCAACGUGUACGCCGAGGUGCUGCACUUCCAGUCCAUGUGCUCCUGCCUCUGGUACAAGAGCCGCGAGAAGCUGCAGUACUCCAUCCCCAUGAUCAUCCCGCGGGACCUCUCCACGUCCGACACGUGCGUGGAGCAGAGCCACUCCUCGCCGGGAGGGGGCGGCCGCUACAGCGACACGCCCUCGCACCGCUGCCUUUGCAGCGGGGCCCAGCGCUCGGCCAUCAGCUCCGUGUCCACCGGCCUGCACAGCCUGUCCACCUUCCGGGGCCUCAUGAAGCGCAGGAGCUCCGUGUGAACGCCCCGCCCCGCCCGCGCCCGCGGGGCCUGGAGCAGCUGGGCGGGUGGGCCGGGUGGUGGGGCUCCUGCCCCGAGGAGCAGCGGGGGUGGGCGAGGGGGCCGCCCCCAGCCGCCCUCAGCCCCUGGGGGACGUCCCACCCCUCUCCACCCUCCCCAGCACCCCCAUCUCCGACUGUGCCUGCUCGCACCAGCCAGCAGGAGCUGGGGCUCUGAGGACCCUGGAGCCCCUAUCUGCGCCCUGCAAAUUCCGAGAAAUGUGAAACUUGGGGGGCGAGGGGGUGGAGGGUAGCAGGGAGGGAAGGCAGAAGCUGGGAGCCUCCCGUCCAUUUGGAAAUCUAAGGAGCCCCCCAGUUCUCAGAGGCCCUGCUGGUACCCAGACUGCCCCCCGCUCCCCCAAUCCGGAGGGGACUUCGUGUUCCGUGUACGUUUGCAUCUCUAUUUAUACCUCUGUCCUGCCAGGUCUCCCACCUUCCCUGGGCUCCAAAAGCCAGGGCGUCUUUGUCGAGGUCACCCCCAUGCAGUCUGCUCCCCUUCCUCAUCCCCAGUUAUGUCUCCGAACCUCCCACGACCUUCUGUGUUGUUUUGCAUGGCUUUGCAGUUAUGGAGAAAGUGGAAACCCAGCAGUCCCUAAGGCUAGACCCCAGAGGGCAGGUGGACAGAAGCCAGGCCAGGCCCCCUACAGGGGCCGGCAGAGAAGUGCGGGGCAGAGAAGGGAGGGGAGAGCCCAUGGCCAGGGUGGUCCCACUGGCAGGUGAGAACCAAGUGGCCUUCAGUCACAUGCCCAGAGGGGCAGAGGGAAUGCAGCCUUCUGACCAACACUCCCCUUGAUGGACCAGAAAACGUCCUGCUGGCCAUCCGGCCACUGCUCACCAUGACCAACUCUGGCAUCUGUGGAAUGAGUUGUCGCCUUGGAAAACCACAUCCUGACUCCUCACCGUCUGAGUCUCCCAGCACUCCAGCUAGGUCACCAGGGCAGGGAUGCUCAUCCACAUUUUACCGAUGGCAGUGAGGCCCAAACAGGGGGUGUGACUUGUCCAAGGUGACACGUACAGCAAAAGGCACAGGGGGACCAGAACCCAGGCCACUUAUUCCCAGGAGGAGUGCUCUUUCCUUCCCAUGCCUCUGCCCUCUCCUGAACGCAAAGCUCCUGCCCUGUGCCCUGGCACUGUGUGGGCAACGGGGCCUAAAACAGGCCCAGACUUCAGGUCUGAGCCAGUGCUGGGGCUAGAGAGCUGGCAGGCAUAUCCUGCUGACUUCAUCCCUGACCCCACAGCCGGUGUUGGUGCCUGUGUCCCGCGUGGCUAGAGAUAAGCUAAGGCUGCAGCAAGGCACGCCCCUCCCAGGUGGGGCGCGUGGAGUUGGUGUGCCAACGGCCUAUGUCACCUGCCACCCAGAAACCCAAAGGGAAAGCAGAGACGGAGGUGGGAACCAGGCUCCCUGCGGGGACCCACAACUGGAGCUGGCGCCUGACUCAAGACAGCAUCAAAGGGUGGGUGAGAGGCUUCUCCUCCCUCCAUGCUGCCCUCGCAUGCUGUUCCCAUGUCCCAGCUCUUGGACACGCUCAGCAAGGCCCACGCUGGCCUUCAGAAAAGCUGGAGUGGGGACCUCGGGGUGAUCAGCCUCUGGGAACCCCUGGGAGGGAAGAAGUCUGGCCUGGCCUGUGUGUGAGUCCUGUCUCAGCGGGAGGAGCUGGCCGCCCACAUGCCAAGGAGAGCAGGGCACAGGAGCCGGGGUGCCCUCUGUGUUUAUGUUGAGGUGGGGAGCGGUGCCGGCUGCCUCUGUCUUGUGUGUGACCCUGCCCUCGAGGGGUCCUGUCCCGUCAGUCCUGAGGGAGCCACAACCAAAGUUGCAGGGAGAUGGUGGGGAAGGAGGCUGAAUGGCCCUGGGCGGACUGCUCGGUCUCCAGGCUCCCAGUCUCUGCUGGGUCCUUCCCGGGGAACUGGACGGCCAGCGUUGCUUCCCUCCCCCCUCCCACUGCGGGCAGCCUUUCUGCUUCCCCAAUGCCUUAUGCCUGGGCACACUGCCACAGAAUAUGCAAUAUGUGUGGGUGACAUGCCCCACGCCCACACCCCCACCCCGGGCAGCCCCCAGACCCCAAAGGCUGCGGCUGCCACGGCCUCCCGUUAGACCCUGCUGCCUAUCUGUCUUCACACUGAGAAUGGCGUCUAAUAAAUACUGCCCAUGGA